CAAGGCCAGAGAUGAGAUGCGUAUAAAAACUCCUCUCAGGCAGACCACCACAGAUCACAGCAGACGGCGCCAGACCGAAGGACAACCUCGUCUUCCUUGGAUAUCACAGCCUUUCUCGGCCUCUCUUCUUCUGCAGGCACGUCGCUCUAGACAGUAGCAGCCAUGGUGUCUUUCCGUAUGGUGGGACGAGCGGUUCCACGAGUGAGGGCGGCAGUGAGCCAGCCCAGCAGCAGGAGGGCCUUGGUGCUUCCCCUGGUUCACCCAAGCCAGAUGAGGCUGAUCCACCGUGGCCCCUUUUGGCGAGAGCCAUUCUCCCAGAUGGAGGACUUUAUGAAGGACAUGGAGAGGAAGUUCAAGAGAGACAUUGAGGAUACCCUAGGAACCUUUGCCAAGAGUUUUCCAGGAAGUCAGCUGCCCAUGUCAAGUGUCAUGGCCAGAGCAGUGCAACCGACCUUUGGACAGAUGGAAAAUGUAUCAACCCCUGAGAAAUACAAGCUGAAUUUCUACUUCAUGAGUGCCAAACCCGAAGACAUCAAGGUCACUCUUAAAGAACGCAGCUUGAAGAUCUCUGGUGAGGCUGUGGUGGAGACGGAGACCUCCAAGUCAUCCCAGCAGAUGAGCGUGGAGCUGCUGCUGCCAGAGGAUGUAGAGGCUGAGGGUCUGGAGUCCAGCCUUUCCCAGGAGGGUGUGCUGGUGGUGGAGGCUCCCAGGAACCCUGCAGCCAGUCCUGAGGCUCCCAAGGCAAUACCCAUUGAGAGGGAGUGAUUUGAUCACACUCCUUACUGGGCUGGGAGAUGACAAGUAUCCAGUGUGAUAGUGGUAGCAGUGUUUGUUGCCACAGUAGAAGCAUGUCAUUAUUCAAUGGUAUGGCUUCUUAUGUUAGGGAAAGGAUACUGUUUACAUUAACCCGUUCGAUACUGGGAUACAUUUUCACCUUCAGAUUUGUGUACGAUUAGACUAUUUUAUUGACAUUAGGAAGGGUCUAUGGAGGUCAGAAGAUUAAUAGCCACAGUCUUCACUAUUUUAAUCCUCCAUCUAAGUUUCUGAAGCUGUAUAAAAUCACCAAAUAGUAAGCAGAAUAAAAAGUGGAAAUGUCAUGGUAUUGAAAGGGUUAAUGUAUACACUACAUACUUGGGUGUUGAAAUGUAUUUGUAGAUAUACUUUUUGCAAAUAAAUGUAGAUAUUAUUAUAA